GGUAUUGCAGGGAUUUUCUUUCAGUUAACUAAAUCAAAAGCCUAAUUGAUACUUUUCAAUUUUAUUACUAAACUAAAUUUCUUUUGGAAGAUUAUUAAUUUAAUUACUAAUAAAAUUAAAUAUUUAUUUUCCUUAAUAUUGCACAAUGCUUAUAAUUCAAUUAAUAUGUGGUCACAUAUUAUUAUUAAAAAAAUAAAAAAAUAAACGAACCAAAUAUUUAAAAAAAAAAUCAAUAUUAAAAAGAACUAAAUUCCUUAUAUAAGGUUUUAUAUUUCCUAUUUAGAUUUGAUUUCCUCCUAAUUUAUUAACACCCGGCCCCCUUUUCCGUAUCCCUCUUGUACUGUAAUUUCCGCUUCCGUCCGUUAGUCGGAUUGUUAAUUAAUUCUCUUGAAGCUCGGAGCCUAAGCUGUCUUGUCGAAAGUCCUUCAAUAUAUAUUCCUUUAUUUAUUUAUUUUGAUUAACUGUUUGGGCAACAACUGAUGUCAAGGGAAAACAAUGGAGAAUCAAGUAGGAGACGAGGAUGUGCAGCAUGCAAGCAUCAGAGGAGAAAGUGUGGAGAUGUUUGUCUAUUGCAACCCUACUUUGGUGUUGACAGAACUGAAGAUUUGCAAGCGGCACAAAAGGUUUUUGGCAUAAGUAACAUGAACAAGAUGAUGAGAGAACUUGAAGUUAAAGAUAGAGCUAAGGCCAUUGAGUCUUUAGUUUGGGAAGCAUGGUUAUGGAACCAAGAUAAAGUCAAUGGUCCAUUGGGGCAUUAUAGGCAACUACAGCAAGAGAAUGCGUUAUUGAAGAAUCAAAUUAAUCACUUAAACCAGAAGCUGCAAAUCCUGUCACGUAGUAUGCCGUUGGGUAAUUUGCAAGGAAUGGUACUUAAUGACAGUGAAUCUGGUAGAACUUAUGGUUGGAAUAGUGAGAAUUUAGCAUCGGAUUUAGCAAUGUAUAAUAAUAACAAUAGCAAUAUUAAUGCUGAUGUUGUAAGACUACCCUUGAAUAGUUAUCCUACUGCUCCUUCAUGGCCAAUUCAACAAAGGCAAGAAAAUUUAGUCCUCAAUAAUUAUGGGACUAAUAUUGGUCAGCCAGGUUGCAUCGUACCUUCUCUUGUGCAAUCACAACAAAGAGGAAAUCUAGGCAAUACUCGAGUAGCUAAUAGCUUUAAUGCUCAAGGUAGUCAUACAGGGAGUGCCGGGUUCUGUGAGAAUGCACAAGCUAGUGUUCCUAACACUAAUUUUAUGCAUGGACAUCGACAAGGACAACAACAAAUGCUAACCCAGAAGUUGAGAGGAGAAUAUCAUGGAUCUGAUAAUGCUGCACCAUCACCAUUGAAUAGAGUUAGAGGAGUUAGAGGCCGAGGCAUUCGCUAUGCACCUUAUGAGCUUAAUCAUCAGUUUAGUGUCCAAGGCCAUGAGAGAGGACACAGAGAUUAA